UUUUACACUGUGCCAUCCCGCGAACCCUCCUCUCAUCGUCGUAACCACUCGGGCAUCGAGAUAUUUAUUUAAUCGGAGAACGUGUGAAAUAAUUGAUAAAAUUAUCAUUCAAACAUCCAGCAUUUUUGUGUUAUGUUUGUUUUUCCAUUAUUUUUAAUAUUUGUUUUUCUUACCCACAAUUUCGUGUAAUAGGAUUUAUUUAUUGUGUUAGUAACUCGACAAUAAUACUUGUAAUUAUUUAAUCAAUGCUGAUGUGAGAAAAAGACGAGUGUGAAAAGAAAAUUGCAAUAUUUUAAGUAACAAAAUUUCGGUCGGACGAUUUUUUGUUUUUUAGUUGCAGAAUAUUUGUGUAUAUCAAUGUACCAAGGACAUGCGCGGAAGAAAAAGGGAAAGGGAACUCAAAAAAUCUUGGAUGAAUGUUUUUCUUGCUCAAUGUACUCGGUAAAGAAAAUUCGCAUUCGCAACGGCAACACCCACAUAUGAAAUUAUUCACACUAAAAAUAUCAAUUAUAUAAAAAGAAAUUAUAACUAAUAAUCAUAAUCAUUACUUCAAUUAUCGUAAUUUCAAAAAAAUUCCAGAGCGCCUCGAACAAACAAUGGCACGACAUUUUUUCUUUAUCGAUUAAACAUCGAAAGUGAAUCGGGCUAACGAGAUGAGCAGUAUAAAAAUAUAGAAAGAAGUGUCAAAAGAAACAGCUAAAAUUGAUAAAAUAAAACGUUUUUUUAAAUUGUUCAUUGAGGUUUCAAUGUUGUGAUAAUCGAUAAGGACUUUUUAAAAAUCGUGAAUUAAUGUUGAAAACAUAAAUAUCAAUAGAAAAACUUGUAGCAAUCACUUGUCGUUCGGUCCCCCUAUAAAUACGUAAAUGUUGAAAGAACAUAGUGAAUCUGCAAUAGAGCAUUAUUUCCAAAUAGUUCGUUUCAUCAUAUUUAUAUGUCAUAUGAGUUCGGGACAGAGUUCUGUAAAAAUGAUUGUCAUAAUUUCUCUGAAAAACUCGAGGAUUACGUAAAUCCACGCCGAAGAUUGAAAUAAUAAAAAAUAGUUGUAAUAGGGGAGACUAAUCUACGGGGCAUUAAUCUACAACUUGUGAAGGGACAAAAUUUUCAUCAUAGUACGAUUAUAAUUGGCAAAAGAAAAAAUGGAGACAGGUGAAUGGGAUCACACUGUCCUACGGGAAGAAGAAUUCGAUCAGCAUGCAGUCUACUUGGUACCCGAUGUAUCAACUUCGUCGAAUGACACUAACAGGGCUGAGGCUUCCUUACCUAGGAACCUUGUCCUCAAGCCAUCUCAAGCGCUGGAUCCCGCGUUGGGAGUUUGGAGUACCAGUUAUAUUCCUAAAGGUACUCGCUUUGGGCCUCUCGUAGGACAAGUCUACACUAAGGAUUCUGUACCAGCUAAUGUUACGAAUCGGAAGUACUUCUGGAGGGUUUACAAAAAUAAUGAAUUGUACUAUUUCAUUGACGGCUAUGAUAUACAAAAAUCUAACUGGAUGCGUUAUGUUAAUCCAGCGUAUUCAUCGGAAUCGCAGAACCUUAUUGCAUGCCAAUAUAAGAUGAACAUUUAUUUUUACACGAUAAAACCUAUACUCCCCAACCAAGAACUUCUGGUCUGGUACUGCCGUGAAUUUGCUGAAAGGCUUAACUAUCCUUUAACCGGUGAGCUGAUGUUGCAGCGAAUACGACAACAGGUACAGCAGUCCAGUUUGCCAAGUGAAAUUCCCUCAUCUGGGGAAAUCGUCCUACCCUCAAAAGAUUCCUCAAUUUAUGAAAGACGAUGUCAAUUGACACCAACAGAAGGCUCCGUCAGAUCGGAUGAGGGAUAUCAUUCAAACGGAUAUCACGAUGAAAUUUUAACACCGCCAGAGGAGAGCAGUGAAUCGGAUUCUGAGAAUAAUUAUGUUCUUGACUUUAGCAAAAAUACACGCACAUCGAUUGCAACAACAGAAAUGACAAAACCAGACAGUGCAUUGGUGAAAAAUGAAUAUAGAAAAGUGAAAAUAAAAAUCAAUAAGACUUAUAAUAAUUUUCAAGGGAAUAACAAAAGUAUUGAUAUCAAGGAAGAAAUGGCUAAUAGGACAUUAACGCCUGAUCUACCGCAAAAAAUAGCUAUAAUAUUGAGUUCAACGAAUGAUGAGGAUGAAAGAUCGAAAGUUUUUUAUGAACCUGAUGUGAAAAUUAAUGCAAUCCAAACACACACUAAUAACAAUAAUAAUCAUAAUAUUAAUAAUAAUAAUAAUAAUAAUAAUAAUCAUAAUAAUAAUAAUAUUACUACUACUAAUAAUAAUAGUAGUAGUAAUAAUAAUAAUAACAACAACAAAAUUAAUAAUAAUAAUAAUAAUAAUAAUAAUAAUACAAUAUCAACGACUACGCAUACGACGACGGCAGCUGCACGGCCGCCUUAUGUAACAAGUCCAAAUAGUUCCAUAUUAGAAAACAUACUUUUACGACACACUACAGAUAGUAAUAAUAAUACGAGCAAUAAUUAUGCUCACAGUGCUAAUGGGGAGAAUAAUCAGCAUAAUAGAAGUCAUAUAGAUUCGAUUAGCCCACCACCAUCUAGUCCAACAGAAAUGGCAUACUCAUACAAAAAAUCACACAGAUACGGAAAUAUCCUUCCCUGUAGUCCGGAUUCAAGUUCAAAUUUACCAAUGCAAGUUGAUAGCUGCACAAGUGCCAAUAAUUCAACAAAUAAUCUAUCGAUGAUACAGUGUUCUGGUAAUCUUCAUUCGAGUACAGCCACAGGUAUUGGUAAUUCGUGUGAUUUACCAAAUCAAUUAGUGCAUUCGGUGAACGAAGGAGACUCCAUUCAUUCGAGUACAGCUUUGACAUCAACCACCAGUGGCCUUCAUCCAUCAACGAUAAGUAUAUGUAAAGCGAGAAAAACUCAGAGUCCCUCACCAACGACAACUACAACGGUCACGGUGAAUGUAUCGUCCUUGCCUGUGGCAUCAACAGAGGGUGAAGAAGAAUCAGCAGCGGCAUCGACAAUUAUCUACUCACAACAGCACAAUGCGUGCUCAUCAGGGCAUAUUGAAUCAAGCACAGGGUACCAGCUGAAUCCAGCUAAUACACCUCCCAGUGUUACAUCAAUAUCGCCACUAAAUUCUCCCUCCUCUUAUCCCUACAAUAUCUAUCAUCAAAAUGCUAGUAUGCAUCAACAUAUUGCCCCCCUAACUAUCAACUGCGCUCCAUAUUCACCGACUCCACCGGCAGCUGUCAGCAGUAUGUACGAGAGAACUGAUAGAAGACACGAAACCAAUGGUCAUCAACUUCCAACUUCUUCCACAAUGCAAAUUGAUGAUAAUCAUUCCACCAUUAUUAGUGGUACACGGAAUCUUCAUCUCAGUCACCAUCACCCUUUGAGCAUUCAUCCGAAUUCAACAAAUAGAUAUUCACCAGCAAGUUCUCUUUCACCGGACGAUCACGGUUGCUCCCAGAGUGGCUCGUUGAGUCCUAAUUCUCAGGGUUCAAGAGGCUACAGAUCUUUGCCGUAUCCGCUUAAGAAGAAGGAUGGAAAAAUGCACUACGAGUGCAAUGUAUGUUGCAAGACAUUUGGCCAAUUGUCUAAUCUUAAAGUACACUUACGCACUCAUUCCGGUGAAAGACCUUUUAAAUGCAAUGUCUGUACAAAAAGUUUUACACAACUUGCUCAUCUUCAGAAACAUCAUUUGGUCCAUACAGGGGAAAAGCCGCAUCAAUGUGAAAUUUGCAAAAAGCGAUUCAGUUCAACAUCAAAUUUGAAAACCCAUUUGCGUUUACACUCGGGACAAAAACCCUACGCAUGUGAUCUUUGUCCUGCUAAAUUCACUCAAUUUGUGCAUCUUAAAUUGCACAAACGGCUACAUACGAAUGAGAGGCCCUACACCUGCCAGGGCUGUGAUAAGAAGUACAUCAGUGCAAGCGGAUUGAGAACUCACUGGAAGACUACUAGUUGUCGGCCAAAUAAUAUUGAAGAUGAGCUUGCUCUAGCUGCUGCUGUUGGUUCACCAACUUACUACGAGUACAGUCACGAAAUCACUGUUGCUAAUAUAUCGAAAGAGUCUGAACUUGAAACGAUGGAAAACUAUGACAGAAGAAACGCAUUACACUCAACAGCUCUUCAUAAUUUAGAGAUGAAUGUAAUAUGCAGAAAGAAUGUGAACUUGAUAAAAUAGAAAGUUACGAAAGGCAGAGUGCCGUUAAUUCACACCCUACAUCCCUACACAAUUUGGAGAAUCCAGUGGGUAGACCGACUGUUAUAGAAACCUCUCAACCUCACAUUAUCGAGUGCACCUAACAGAGAUGUUAAAUAAGGCUGAUUAAGUGUAUCUCCAAUGAAACACCAAUACUUUCUCAAAAGAUUUUCAUUUCCAAAGGUACAAAAUUUUCCAUUUUGAAUUGAUGCUAAUUCCGAUUAUCCGAUUCUUCUCUAAGAAAUACGCCAAUAGAAAUGGUAAAAGAUGAGAAGAAGACGAAGAAGAAGAAGAAGAAGGAAGAGAAAAGAAAUCCUUUUGAUUAAAAUGACGGCAAGUGUCGACAUCCGUCAAAUCAUAUGAUGAAUGACAGCCAUCUGUUGUAAUAUAACGAUGUAGAAAUGAAUUUUCAACAAAAUGGGAUUGUAACCAAUGUCGACACCCAGACUGCAACUAUACGAGACCUGUACCUGUAUAUAUUAAUAUUAACAUAAUAAUUUUUUGAUUAGGUGAAACAAUAUUGAAAAAAAAAAACACAUUUAUGUCGUCGAUUGGCCAAGCGGUGGGCUACCUUCGCAGCUUAAUAUUGUUUCAAAGAGAAAGUUAUAUAAUCCUAUUCAAUAAUUUUUUAUUUAAAAAUUGCUAGCUCUAGACUUUGAAUAUUUUUAUCAUUAGCGAGAAAUCGGGCAAUCAGAGCAUAGGAUAAAUCGACGAUAAUUAUAAUAUUUAUUCAUGUAAAAAAAUCGAUAAACUACGGUGUGAUUAUUAUGUUUAUUACAAUCUAUUUAUUCAUUGCUCUUGAUUCAAAGGGAUUAGAGGGAUAAUUGUCCAGUAAGGAAGACCAAACAGUAUUUUUAGCAGUGAGCUUUUCCUUAUUUCAUUUGUGCGUCAUGAUACUUCCAUUUCAUCAUCAUUAUGAUUUAUUAUUUUAUUUAUGUUGGUCAUUAGUUUUCAUUAAUUGUAAGUAAAUCAUUAUAUUCCUACUACUAUCUGAGAUUUGUAUUAGUGCGGAUGCGGCCUGCUGCAAAUCUGAUAAUUAUUAUUAUGAAUAUUUUCAUGGACAGUUGGUUCAAGAAACAAGUUAAUUAAAGUUGAUUGAAUAUCGCUACUUAUGUACGAUGAAAAAAAGUCAAAAUUACUGCUCUAUGAUUAUAUUCGGAGAGGGAAUGAUAAGGAAAGAAUAAAAAAUAAUAAUCAUUAAACCAGAAAAAAAAUGAAAGCGCAGACUGAUAUAAGUUACUCUACUGUUCACUUCAUACGUUACAUGUAGUCUUCAUAUGUAACAAUAUAUGAAUUGUAAUUACGGUGCAAAUGUAAUACAGAAGAUCUCUUCCGAACAUUAUCAAAUGAAAAGAAUCAAUUAAGAAGGAUAUUUAUUUCUAUUUGGCAUUAUUAGUCUUCUGGCUUGAAUCAAUUGAAUUUCAAGAUGAUCUGCAUUGAAAUAUUUAGUGAAAUUCAUAUAGAACAGGCAGUGUCAAGCAGUGAGGUAUAAUGUACGGAAUGCUCGAGCCAGUGAAAAAAAAACAUAAAAUUUAAAAUGUUGAUAAUGAAUAUUAUAGUCUAAAAUUAUUUUUGACCAUUUAUACAUCCAAGUGGAUAGUAAAUCAUCGAUUUAUUGCUACAUAUGAAUAAUAAUAGACCGAAUAGACGCUCAAAAUUGGAGAAAUUGAUUUUUUAAAGAAGCAUAAAAAAAAAGUCCGAUAUUGAGAGUGUAAUUUUGACAAACGUACUUGCACAAUUUUCUAGUCGCCUAAAUACUUUUGAAAAUUAACCUUCUCAUAAACAAGGUCAAUUUGUUCGAUCCCAGGUUUCAAAUUAGUCCAUUGUUUUAAUACCAUUAUUAUUGCCAUUGUGAUUAUGAAUCGAUGACCGCACAAUGAGCAAUUUCAUGUAAUUUCUAUGAGCGAAAUUUAAUCAUCUCAUUUCGCUUAAAUUCCCGUAGAAUUGAUAAAAAUUAACUGCUAAAAUCGCUGCUCUGAAAGCAUUACCGUGGCGCAAUUAUAGCCCAGAACACACGAUAAAUAAUUGCCUUGAUUUGCUGCCUUGCCUGCAUCAGACAUAUUUGACAUGUCAUAUGUACAAUAACUUUCAAUGAAGCAAAAAUGAAAUAGAAGCAUUCGAGAAAAAUUAAACCGAUUAAUAAAUAAUUGAAUAAGUGAAGCAGGAUUAUAAUGUGCAGGUAGAAAGAAAAUUGAAUGAUACUGUAAAUAAGCUGAAGUAGAGCAUGAUGUAAAGAAGCAACAUGAAAAAAUAAAUAUUAAAACAUUCAUUUUGAUCCCAUAAAUACCGCGCAACGCAUAAAAUACGUACACUAGCGUAUCUGAACAAGUCUUGAAUUGAACAUUAUUAAUUAUAAGCAAACAUAAAUUGUGAAUGAAAGGAAGAUGGAAAAAACAUUGUUAUGCAUUUAUUAUCAUUAUAACUACUGAACAGGUAAUGCUCAAUUAGCAUUUGUUUCUUAAAAAUAAAGAAUAAAUAUAUGGCUGUUGGAUAUUUAAAUGACAAUUUCUUGCUUCCUCCUGCAUAUUUGUUUUUAUUGAAUCAAGUGAUUAUUGUUUAAAUAAAUUUCCAAUAAUUUGUUUCAUUAAAAGGAUAAGUUUAAUUAUUAAACGGUAAACUAAAUUAACUAGGAAUCGCUUCUAUUUUGCACUUUAACAAAUACAGUAAUGACAUUUAGAAAAAAAAAAAAAAAGAAACAGAAA